AUGGAUCCUCGUCGCGCGCAACCCCCUCCGCGCAGGACGCCCUCGCCGGGUCACCCUCUGCAGCAGGGCUACCAACUCGACGACCAGCCGUACGGGCAACAUCAUUACGAUUUGCCUGCCACACCGGGCGGUCAUCCUCAGCGGUUCGGCACGCCCUCAGACCAGCUCAACAUCCAUGCCGCCCAAUCCGUCGACACCCUCGGACAGUACGACCAAAGCCAUGUCGGCAGCCACCUCGGCCAGCAGCACCAUGGCGACUACAACGUGAACCCCGAGGCGCAUCACGAUCAAUACUACAACUCCCCCUACGAACCGGGCCUCCAUGACGGCGGCUACGACCACUCCUUCGACCAGGGCUACGACCAGGCAGGAUACAAUCACCAGGGCUAUGAGCAAAACGACUACGCCGACACGGGCCACCCGGCGCUGCAGCCGUCAGAUCACCAGCGGCUCUUGCAGGACGACCCAUCACAGCAGCAGCAGCAGCAUGUACCCACGCAACCCGCUCUUGUUGGCGGCCCUGCGAUCAAGAGAUGGAAAACGGUGAAGCAGGUCCUCCUCUACCGCGGCAACCUGGUGCUCGAUUGCCCGGUGCCCCCCGUCCUCCUCCAGCAGAAUCCACACGGCGAGCGCGACGAGUUCACCCACAUGCGCUACACGGCCGCGACCUGCGACCCGUCCGACUUUUACAACGAAAACUUUACCCUUCGCCAGCGGCUGUUCAGCAAGCCCCGCCACACCGAGCUCUUCAUCGUCGUCACAAUGUACAACGAAGACGACGUCCUCUUUGCGAGAACCAUGGUGGGCGUCUUCAAGAACAUUGAGUACAUGUGUAACCGUCCCAACAGCAAGACGUGGGGCAAGGACGCGUGGAAGAAGAUUGUCGUCUGCGUCGUCUCCGACGGCCGCGCCAAGAUCAACGAGCGGACCAAGGCCGUCCUGUCCGGUCUCGGCGUCUACCAGGAAGGCAUCGCCAAGCAGCAGGUCAACAGCAAAGACGUCACGGCGCACAUUUACGAGUACACAACGCAGACGCACCUCACUCUCAAGAAUGACAUUGUCGGCCUCGUCCAUCGCCGCCAGCCCGUGCAGAUGCUCUUCUGCCUCAAGGAGAAGAACCAAAAGAAGAUCAACUCGCACCGCUGGUUCUUCCAGGCCUUUGGUCGCGUCCUCGACCCCAAUAUCUGCGUCCUGAUUGACGCCGGCACGCGCCCCGGCCACAACUCCAUCUACCACCUCUGGAAGGCCUUUGAUCUCGAGCCCAUGUGCGGCGGCGCCUGUGGCGAGAUCAAGGCCAUGCUGGGGCGCGGCGGCAAGAACCUGCUCAACCCGCUGGUGGCCACGCAAAACUUUGAGUACAAGAUGAGCAACAUUCUCGACAAGCCGCUCGAGUCGGCCUUUGGCUUCAUCUCGGUCCUGCCCGGCGCCUUUUCCGCGUACCGCUACGUCGCGCUCCAAAACGACAAAAACGGCCAGGGCCCCCUCGAAAAGUACUUUCUCGGCGAAACGCUCCACGGCGGCAGCAGCGCCGGCCUGUUCGAGUCCAACAUGUACCUUGCCGAGGACCGCAUCCUCUGCUUCGAGCUCGUCACCAAGCGCAACUGCCACUGGAUCCUGCAGUACGUCAAGUCGGCGACUGGCGAGACCGACGUGCCUGAUACCGUCACCGAGCUGGUCUUGCAGCGCCGUCGCUGGCUGAACGGCUCCUUCUUCGCCGCCAUCUACGCCAUUGCGCACUUUUACGAAUUCUUCCGCUCCGACCACUCGAUGCUGCGCAAGAUGGCCUUUUUCAUCGAGUUUGUCUUCAACACCAUCAACAUGAUCUUUGCGUGGUUUGCCAUUGGCAACUUCUUCCUCGUCUUCCGCAUUCUGACGUCGAGUCUGAGCGCCAAGGACUUGCUGGGUAGGACCGGCCAGAUUCUCAGCAUCGUCUUUACCUGGUUGUACGGCGUCUCGCUUAUGACGUGCUUCGUCUUGUCCAUGGGUAACCGUCCUGCUGGCUCCGGAAGGCUAUACGCGAUGAUGGUCUGGUUCUGGGCCGUUCUCAUGAUCUACCUCAUGUUUGCCGCCAUCUUCAUCUCCGUCAAUGCCAUCAUUACCGACCUGCACAAGCACAACUUUUCCAUCGACCAGCUGUUUACGAACCAAGUCUUUGCUACGCUCAUCGUCUCGGUCAUGUCGACGUUUGGCAUCUGGCUCAUCGCGUCCAUCAUCAUGUUUGACCCGUGGCACAUGUUCACCUCGUUCCUGCAGUACAUGCUGCUGACGCCGACGUACACCAACGUGCUCAACGUCUACGCCUUUUGCAACACGCACGACGUGUCGUGGGGAACCAAGGGCGACGACAAGGUGGAGAAGCUGCCGUCGGUCAACACAAAGGACGGCGCGGGCAAGACGGACCUGCCCGACGAGGGCGACCUCAACGCGCAGUACCAGCGCGAGGUGCAGGUCUUUGCGACCAAGUUCAAAGAGAUCAAGAAGCCGCCCACGGCCGUCCAGCUGCAGGAGAGGCAGAUGGACUACUACAGAGGUGUGCGCACCGGUGUCGUGCUGGUGUGGAUGCUGACCAACUUUGCCGUCGUGGCCGUCGUGCUCAGCUCGGCCGGCCUGGAGGACGUGACGCCCGAGACGACGCAGGCGGAGCAGCGCACGAAGCGCACCACCAUUUACAUGGCCGUUGUGCUGUGGAGCGUCGCGGUGCUGAGUGCAUUUAAGUUUAUCGGAGCCAUGUGGUUCCUCAUUGUCAGAAUGUUCCGCGGUGUUUAA